UUGGAUAUUACACAUAACAAGUUUCCCUAUAAGCAUAACAGUAAUUAGUAUAGUAAUGGGACGCGUUUAUUUUCUUCUCCAGCUUAUAUAUCCUAUCUUCUUCAUCAAAUUCUAGUUCAUUUUUCUUCUUCUUCGUCUUCUGGGAUGGCCCACUUUGGGGGUCCAACUGAGAAUCAACGGCUGUUAUCACGGUCAGCGACACCACCUGGUGGUGGAGUGAACGAAGGGAUGAUCUCGACCGUUGAUUCUUAUGGGAGAGGGGGUGAAGGGUCGGGUUUGGUUGGAGCUGCCGGUGAGAAUGAUACCGAUGAAUGUGACUGUGAAAGUGAGGAGGGUCUUGAAGCAUUGGUAGAUGAAGCACCACCAAAGCCUCGUAGUUCGUCAAAAAGAAGUAGAGCUGCAGAGGUCCAUAAUUUGUCUGAAAAGAGGAGGAGAAGUAGGAUUAAUGAGAAAAUGAGAGCAUUGCAAAACCUAAUUCCAAAUUCUAACAAGACAGAUAAGGCUUCGAUGCUCGAUGAAGCUAUUGAGUACUUGAAGCAGCUUCAGCUUCAAGUUCAGAUGCUAUCAAUGAGAAAUGGAUUAAGUUUGCAUCCCAUGUGCUUGCCUGGAGUUUUGCAACAAAUCCAGUUUUCCCAAACAAGAAUGGACUUUGGCGAAGAAAAUGAACCUCUAGCCAUGAAUGUGUCUAGCACAGUGCCGGCAAAUCAAGAAACCUCAGCUCAGAUGGUUUUAAAUCUGCCCAACCAAUGCAAUUGCUCGAACUCUGCAUCUGUACCCAACAUGUCAAACAUAAUUACUUCAGAAACUUCAUUUGGGUUGGAAUCAAUCCAAACCCACUUUGGACCAUUUCAGCUCCGCUUAUCAUCUCAGGAUAUUUGCAGGGAAGACAUUCUGCCACAUCAUCAACUGAAGCUAAAUACAUCAGAAUUUGGUUCUGUAGCUACAAGUACAGUUUCACUUCCCUUUGAUAAGCGAGAAUCCAAUCUAAAGGAAAGUGGUUCUGUUGAUGCAAGCAUGAUGAGAAGAGACCAAUCAGACAGUGUUCUUUUAAAGAAUAUGGAGCAUGACCUUAUAAUUUCUCAGCACUUGAAUGGGCAAGCAGGAAGAAGUGACUACAGUGAUGAAAUCAAGAUAGAAAAACCGAACUUCUGAGUUGGCCGCCUAACUGAUGAUGAGCAGAAAUGCAGCAUUAGCCUCAGCUGUUGGGAAUUGGGACAACUGAAGUAAAUCUUUUCCCCUCUUUUCUUGGAUAAAUUUAGUAGCUGCCGCGUACUCUCCCGAUAAUUUUCAAUCAUAAUUUUCUUGUUCACUAGUAUGUAAUUUACAUGAAAAAUCUCUUAGCUGAUAGUAAUUUAUACUUCUUGUCUUCUUGAGUAUAUGUCAUGUUUUAAUCGUCUAUCAUAUGGCUCAGUUCUGAACAAUUCGAGCCGGUAAUGUAUGUCAUUUCUUCGCAAAGUAACUUAUUUGAUAGUAGCCAUUCAUAAACACUGAUUUUCUGAGGCGGGCUCAAUUUAACUAGUUUCAUAGUCUUUCUAAACCCGCUUUGGUUGUGUUCUUCAUGUCCUUGUUUUUCUGGAAUGCUGGGUUUAUGAUAAGUAGUCCAUCAUUCUAAAUUCUAGGAGCAACAAAUUUAGUUUGAUAGAACUAGUAUAUAUUUCAACCACUGCAUUUGGUAAAAUGAUAGGCAAACAAAAGGGAAUAAUCUAGCAUAUUGCAAUGUGGAACUGAUUGGAAAUGAAGGUCAUAUUUCGACUUUGUUUAAAGACACCCCUUGAUUCUCUCCAAUUUACUCAUUGUGUAAUGUAAUGUUUGACUUUUAAUGUGAUAUUUGUACUUUAAAAAUAUUUGAUGUCAUCAUAUGACAUUUUGUGCCACAUUAGUACGUCGUUUCAUUAGAAAAUUUAAAUAGCUGAUACAUUUGACAUUCACAGCAAGCAUUAAUUUCUCUUAUAUGUGAUCUAGAAAAUGUAAAAUUUCCAAUAUUGCAUGUUGGAAUCUGCAUUACUUCUACCCAUACGAUUUCUAGCCAAAAGAAACUUAAAAUAUAAAAUUGUUAAGCAUUUAACAUAAAAUUAAUUAAUUACA